AUGCCGCAGACAGCCGGGCUGGAGUGGCAGCUCUUUCUGCCCGCGGGCUGGCGGAACGCAACUUCCGAGCCGCUGUUCCCCGUCGUCGUCUUUUUCCACGGCUCUGGCGAUGGGCACUUUACGGUGAUGAACUCGCAGAGCCUGCCGCGCCUCCUGAGCGGCGACCAGUCGACGUGCUUUGACCACGACCACUGCUGGCGCCUCGAUGCGGAGUAUGAGAGGGUGGCUGCAAAGGCCGAGGCGCCGGCCUCGUCCGGCCGCGCCUACCUCGACCAGGAGGUGGACCUCCGCUCUCCGCUCGCCGCCUGUGACUUUGCGAGCACCUUUCCCGCGAUCGUCGUCAUGCCGCAGGGCUGGCUUCCAGCUCACCGCACCGGCUGGACGCGAGGCAAGACCCUCCAGGUCGAGCGGCUGACGCAGCACGUGCUCUCCACCUACCGCGGAGAUCCGACGCGAGUCGUCCUCUCCGGUCAGUCGGCGGGCGGAGCCGGCGCUUGGAAGUUUGCUGCGGCGAAGCCCGAGCUGUGGUCGGCCCUCAACCCAAUCUGCAUGCCGGCGCCCGCCUCGAUUGCGCCCAGGCUCGCCGGACUCAAUGUGUGGGUCGUCGGCUGGGCGGGAGACGGCGAGCACGGGAACGACGCCGUGGUGGCCGCGCUCAAGGUGCAGGCGGCCAAGGCGCCCGCUGUCGUGCCGAGUGUGCAUUUGGGCGCGUCCGUCCGCUACACUCGGUACGACAAGGCGCCGGGCCCGCCCGACCCACUCUACCGCAGCAUGCUCAACCACGCGAGCUACGACCUGAUCUACCGCGACCCACGACUCUGGGAGUGGGCCUUUGCCAAACGCAACUUGCAAGGCGAGGAGGCGUGGCGGCACGCGGGCAAACGAAGGGAGUAG